AUGCCUGAACAAGGGCAAGAGGUAAGUUAUGCAUUUUUUCCCCUAACAAAUCAACUAAAACUUAGAUUAUUUGAUCAUCUGUGCUACCUGUGCUGUGGUUUAACUGUCACAUCUCUGGCCCAGAGGGAGUACAAGAUCUCAGCCUCAAGAAAGCUUAUGCUAAAGAGUUUGAUGGUGGCAAAAGCCAAAGAGGAGCUGGAUCAGGAGAUGUUGGAUAGAGAGGAGGAGAAGCAGGGGUAUCUGAUGGAGAAAAUUCCUCCUCUGAAAACACAGGGCAUGUCAUUCACUGAGCUUCAGGAACUCUGUCAAGAGCUUCAUGCUAAGAUUGAUGUGGUGGAUGAGGAGCGCUAUGAUAUUGAAGCCAAAGUCUUACUGAAUAAGCGUGAGGUCAAAGACCUGAACAUCAAGGUUCUGGACCUGAGGGGGAAGUUCAAGCGGCCCACCCUGAGGAGGGUGAGGGUUUCUGCAGACGCCAUCCUCCGAUCUCUCCUAGGCUCAAAGCACAAAGUCUCAAUGGACCUACGAGCCAACCUCAAAUCUGUAAAGAAAGAGGAUACUGAGAAGAAGAGGCCAGUUGAGGACAGCGACUGGAGGAAGAACGUGGAGGCCAUGUCUGGUAUGGAGGGAAGAAAGAAGAUGUUUGAUGCAGCAAAAGGCCCCACCCAGUGAAACCUUGUCGAGUACAGUUAACACACAAGAUUAUGACACUCAUUGUUUGGCAACUAAAAAGGAUUAGGUUUUGAGCUACAUACUAAAUAUACUAUUAAAUACCAGAUAUACUGUUAUUUCAGAUGCCACUGAUAUUGUAAUUCAUU